AUGCCACAAAAAAGUCGAAGACAAGAUCGAUCUUACUGCAUCUACCGAAAUCCCACACACCCGAAACUCACCACAAAAGAAUUAAAAUCUGAGUUUCAAUCUCCAUCUCAAAUCCAGAUGGAGAAUAGGUGUGCUGGAUAUUGUUCAAGCGAAAAAUGUAGUGUUACAACUAUAAUGGAAAUGAGCCCUCCGAUCAAAAAGGCUGCUGUAUUGCUGCACUGA